AUGGAGCCGGUCUACGCGCUAGGAGUUUCCUGCAUACAAUUAGUACAAUAUUGGUUUGCAGACUAUGGAGAAUAUUUUGAAAUAGUAAAUCACUUCGCGAACCCACACUAUGUUUUGGAAAUACUGUUUCCUCUCAUCUCUAUCUUGGACUCGGUGUUUGCUGCUCAAUUACUCUUGUCUAUGUCCUUUGGAGGCUGGAUGAACGCUGUUCUAAAAUGGUGGUUUCUAGAGGAUCGCCCAUACUGGUGGGUGAGAGAAACAACGUAUUACACCGAAGCUAAUAGGCCACAUCUAUUACAAACGUUACAAAGUUGUGAAACGGGCCCCGGUAGUCCGUCAGGCCAUAGCACCACUGCUGCAUCAGUUCUCGUACUUGUUAUUAUGUGGUUGUCACAUAUAUUUAAUGACAGAAAAUGGAAUGUGUGGUGGUGGAAAUAUGUAGUGUACCCAAUGUUUCCACUUGCACUGAGCUCCGUAAUGUUUGCUCGGUUGUAUGUCGCUACACACUUUCCUCAUCAAUGCAUGCUGGGCGCUCUUUUGGGUCUAUUCCUAGCCCCAGCCCUGUGUAUAUACGUAACUGACCCGUUCAUAUGGAGGUACGGUCCCCAUGCCACAUUACCAGUGAAACAAGCGGUGACAUGGCAUACAAUCAGUGCAAUAAUUACCAUUUUGAUCAGCGUCGUCACUUAUUAUAGCCUAGUGUUGUGCGGUGUGGAUCCACAUUUUACGGUAAAAUUGGCAUUUCGCUGGUGUGAGAAUCCAGACAGUAUCCACGUGUCAACUACUCCUAUGUUUGCUCUUGUACAGUGCACUGCCAAUUUGUUGGGUUGUGCACUCUGUGUUACUCCAGUACUAGCCAAGUACCGUCACAACACUAAAAACAGAUCGCUCAUAAUAUCGAUAAUCGCUACCGCUGUAUCGGUAUACGGCUUCCGAGUUCUAGAAGCGAACAUCCCUAGAGCGAGCACUUUUAAGUUUUAUACGUUAAAUUUUAUUUUAAACGCAGUAAGGCCAGCUGUUCUACUAAGAUUGGUACCGUCACUAGCGAUGUGGCCGUAUUCUAGUAAAAUUAAAGAGAAAGUUAAUUAAACAUAUAAAAUAACUAGUUGUAACCCGUGGAGGAAAAAAAUACCCUAUAGCCUUCAUCGGUAAAUGGGCUAUACG